AGCAACUGCAACGCGUUUGACUGAAUCAACAAGAUGUAGUGCAUCUGAGCGUUUCCUGUACCACUGAUAAUUCAGAAUCAUCACUGUUCAGUUCAAGAUCUUUGAAUAACAAAAAUAACAUGAGUCACUACUUACCACCAAAAUCGUUAACUAAGAGCCAAGGUGGAGAGUGGGCAAAAAUAAGAACUGUUAACGCACUUGAUACAAAAUCACAUGCGACUAUCAAUGAUAAUAUUGUCAAAGGAGAAAGUCAAAAUAUAUUAGAAAGAUAUUCAUUCGCUGACUCCUCUUUGAGUUCUGAUUCACUUUGUUCAUAUUUAACUUGCGAAAUUCUUUUAAAGCGUGGGAGCGUUCAAGAUCCUACACGUCUUUUUGAAGUUGAUGUGUCCGCUAUGGGUUUGGAAAAUAUCGAGACAGAUUUGCACAAUAAAUUCUCUUCACUGAGAAAAAUCACAGCCUCCGAUAACGCUUUCUCAUUUGAUAUUUUUAAACAUUUCAGCAUUCUUAGUCAGCUAGAUCUUUCAUUGAACCAAAUGAGUCGAUUACUUCCUUAUUCAGGAGGAUUCAAAUAUUUGCAGAAUCUUAACUUGUCGUACAACUUCCUUGAACCUUCUGAUGUGGAGCAGCUUGGUUACUUACCAUCCCUGAGAAUUUUAUAUCUAUGUGGUAAUGAUUUGCGUCGACUACCACCAGAUUUUGCAGAGUCUGGUAUUACUGAAGAAGGAGAUAUCAUUUAUAAAUUUGAAAAAUUAGAAGUUCUACAUUUGGAUGAUAAUAAACUCUCAGAUGCACAAGAUUUUGCUAGUUUAGCCACUCUUCCAAGGUUAAAGUUCUUAAAUUUAUCAAAUAAUAAAUUCCAUACUGUACCACUGUUAAAGUCAACUUCACAAAGAAAACGUCAGACAGUUGACACACCGAAGGAUUCAGUCACAAAUGAUUUAUCGAUUCAUGUGAAUGAGAACUCUGAAAUGGAAAACCAAUCAGUCAGUUGUAAUUUAGACUGUCAAAACAAUGAAAUUUUAGUGAUAAAUGGAAAAAACAUCAAAACAACAAGUUCUAACAAGUCUGACACCGUUAAUUCUCCCAACCUUCAUACAAAAACCGAUCUGAAUUCUGCCAACACUGAAGACAUUGUUGUGAAUGAAGGAAAAUAUGCCAGUCCAAAUCCACCAUUUCCUACUCAAAGAAAACAUUCACAGAAAAAGCAUGCCCUAGAUUUUUCCUUGCUUCUGGAUGAGCAUCGAAAUCCUUCAGCUCCAAGAAUACGUAUAGUAGAUGAAUUUAUUGGAUUAAGCAAUUUAAACAAAGUAUUUCCGUCAAAUCAAAAGAAAAGAAUUAAAUAUAAACAAAGUAUUGAUAAGGGCAAUAACUCAAACGGUAAUACACCGUCUCAAUCUGAUCAACGUGUCGGUUUUACUGCUAUACAUAAAACUAACUCUAAAAAUGAUAGGAAAUGUAAAGAGAAUUCGCAGGUACUGUCAAAUACUGAACAAACUACCGACAAUAAUUUAUCUAGUGUUAGACAGAAUUCUAUUGUCAUAUCAAACCGUAUGCCACAACAACCACCACCAUUUCAAUCGCUUCAGUUUAUUGAUUUGUCUCAUAAUAAGAUAUCUUGUGAAGAACAUCUAUUACCGGUUGCUGUAUGGCCAAAAUUAAAAGAGAUUAUUAUCUAUGAUAAUCCUGUUAUCAAGAAAACUUCUAAGUUGCCACCACUUCUUGAACGUUUAUUAAUAAAACAAUUAAAUAUUAAUCUACGUCGUAAUCCAAUUGAUGAUCCGAGUUUAUUCACAUUUAAAGAUGAAGGCUUUAAUGGAGAUUGUGAAUUGACGACACAGUUGUCAUUAACACAUAAUCAGAAUGUUACCAAUACUGAGAUUGUUACUGCAACAAAUAAUGAUUCAUCUAAAUCAACAGCUUUUGAAAAUAAUUCCAGGAAUAAAGGUAUACUUCAAAAGAAUAGAAGAAGAUUACCAUUACAAUCAAGUGUUAAACCAGUAAUUGUUCGGCAUAAAUUAGACCGUUCAAGUUUAAAUGAAGGUCCGAAAGUUAUUAAAUUCAAUGUUGACAAAGCAUUGAAUGAAUUGAGAACAGCCAAUCAGAAAGCUGCACUCAAUCAACCUAAUCCAGUAUCAAAUAGAUCAUCACAUUCGUCAAACUUAUCAUCGUCAUCAUCAUCAUCAUCGAGGCAUACAACAACAGACAAGGCUUUACUUCCUGAUAUUCCGCAUAAAAUCCCUCAAUCAUUACAAUUACCUCCAAUUAAAAAUUCAACACUGUCUGUAAAGAGUAAUUCUCAAGAGAAAAUCAAUUUGAGCGAGAUCAUUUCAUCAGAUUUACAAUGGGAAGAAGCAGAUGAAGAAAAUUUCAACACAUUUUUUACUACUCAGUUAUCAUCUUUGGAGGCAAAUACAAAACAAACUUCUAAACAUAGUUCAUAUCGAUCUGACUAUGAUGAUGAAUUAAAUCCAGUUUAUCAACAGAACUGUGAAGAUUCACUACUGUCUGUAAAUGAAACAGCUAUAGUACAGUUAACAGAAAAAGACACUGCGCAAGAACAACAACAAAAGUUAAUUGAAUAUUCUCUGAGUCCUGGACCUUUAUUACCUGAUUUAGAAUGGCUUGUCGAUGAAGAUAAUCUACCCGAUAGUAUGCAAGCAUGUUUAAGAGAACUAAGAUACCUUCUUCAACAUAAACCAACUGUUCAUUUAACCUCUGAUAGAAGUGUUAAUCAUCAAUCAUCCUUAUUAAUGUUACCUGAAAAUGAACAAACUAUACAACACUCGACAGAACUGAUAUCAUCACCAGUUGUAGUAGAAAAAGAAAUUAAUAAAUCUGAAAAUUCCUCUGAACCAAAUUCAUCUGCCUCUACGACAUCAUCAAAACAAAUAUCCCCAACAUCAAUGGAAUUGGUUCCAGUUAGUAAAACUUCUGAGAUUCUACCGUCUAAAGUUAAUUUCAAUCAGUUAACAAAGAAAUAUACUAACUUUAUUGAAAUACCACUACCUAAAGCACUAGAUGAAGAAGAAUUACAAAAACAGCAGUUGGAAGAAAUCAGAGCAAAACAAAAUCCUCUUGCAAAGACAAGAAAAUGGAACCAGUUAAAAUUAGGCAAUUGUCAUUCAAAGCGUACAGAGAAUAAAGGAGCUAAAGAAUUAUUUGAACAGUUUCAAGAAAUUUAUUCAAGUGUACGUGUUCAAGCAAUUAACGGAGCACUGGAAACAAUGAACACAGAUUUUGAAAAGAAAACAGAACAAUUCUUUGAGAGAACUUAG